AUUUGGGGGUUGGGCCCUGGAUCUCUUAACUUUACAAUCUCCUGCCUUCCAAGAUGUCCUGCUUCAAAGCUCUCAGCCAAAGUGAUCAUGGCACAUUCAAAUGUUUUAUCAUUCAUGGUCAGUCCAUAAAUGCAAGAACAGUUAACCUUGGUUAUUGAUUUCGUAAUUGGAAGAUUUAUAUUGCCUUGCUAACAUAUACUUUAAAAUUUCCAAAGGUAGAUCGGUUAUGAAAAUUGCUUUUGGGUUGUAAUAACCUCUCUUUUAAGAAUGCAAAACUGGAAGAAAGCUAAUGUUGUAAAGUACCUGUAUAUCCUAAACCUUUUACAUGCAUAGUCGUUGUGAGGAUUAUAAGGUCUCAUGAAGGAAAGUAGGAUUGUGUCCAUUUUAUAGAUUGAGAAGCCAAUAUGCCUACGUGGAAAGCCCUUACCAAAAUACUGUGUUGAAGUUGGAGGGGAAAUGAGCAAAGAUUGGGGCCUUUUCAAGAGCCCAAUUAGAAAGUCAGUGAUAGAAUCAUAUUUAGUUAUCAUGAGGUUGGUAAUAGAAAUAAUUGGUUGUGCCAGAAUAAAAUGUCACAUUGUUCACUAGAACUGCAGGAUUUUACAACUAUAACCAUGAUUUACAUGGUUUUAGCGCACAUUCUGGAUCAUGAAGACUUCAAAUUCUGGCGUGAGACUAAGAUACAGGAAAUUUAUGGAGGUUAUAUCAGUCACCAAUUUAUUUUUAUUCUCCAGAUUUUUUUUUUUUUUUUGUGGUUUUUGGUCGGGGCUGGGUUUGAACCCGCCACCUCCGGCAUAUGGGACCGGGGCCCUACUCCUUGAGCCACAGGCGCCGCCCUAUUCUCCAGAUUUUAUGUUCUGGGAACAAUUACUAGCCAUCUCAAAUCUACAGUCAUUAAGUCUCUCCCAUGGUUGUUGCUGGCUAGCCUCCACUUGGCUUUGAGGAUACUUUGAAGCCAGGGGAAUACUUUGAAUUGGCGACGUUUGAUCUUGGAAAAAGCUGGGAGGUUCAAAAGACAUGAAUACACUGUGGAGUUUGAGGCUUUGCAGAAACUACUGGCAGAGCAGAGUGAUUUUGAAAAAUGAAGAUCAGUGAUGGGAAUUGAUGUGUAAAUACCAAGCAAGGUAUGGUGUUGCUAUCAGCCACUGAAUUUCUGCCAAUCCAGGUAUUCACUUUGUAUAGUGGUCUGUCCUUUGUUUAUGAUGUGUGUAAACAUUAUCCUCUCCCUGAUUUCCAAGGUUUUCUCCAGCCUUAGUCUUGCUUUGUAUCAUCAGGCUGAAGUUUCUCAAUUUGUCUUGUAUGAUUGCUCCAGGCUAUGCUGUUAACCACCUCCGGUACACCCUGCUCAAACCUAGCUAUGAACUUUACAGAGUGUUAAUAGAGAGCCUCUGCAUCAGCAGCUUGUUUUUAUUAAGAUGAGGUUUGGGUCAUACACCCUUCACCAGUGGGUAAGGUGACUCAGGAGCAGGAAGAUGCAUGAGGUUGAUUUCUGUAAUAAACGUCAAAUCCGUAAGUCCUAACAGUUUUUUAGAAGAUUGGUGUUUUGUGCUUUUUUUCAACGUAGGCUUUUUCCUGGAGGGAUCAAAGUAAACUGGACCUACAGCUCUAUAUGUUCCUUUUCGGGUUAUCUUUGGGAAAACAAAUUUGUUAGGUUGAACCAUGUGAAAUAGCUGAAUGCUAAUGUUUGGCCGUUUUCUACUUGUUUUUUUUUAAAGGCCGGUAAUUUAUGAGUGCCUAAUACGAGGGCGUCCCAUAUAUGACUGAGUAAAGCUUUUUAUCCCGGGACGCUGCGGGAAAGAGGCAGAUUUCCAGAGCGAGGGGAGCAGGGCUGCCCAGGAGCCCUCUUCAAGUCGGAUUUACCCCUACGGGCGUUAGCCUGGCCGCGCCUUCUUUGCGGCCGCCGUAAAGCGCGGCUACGCAGCGUGGCCCCGCCUCACCCGCGCCGCUUGUGACGCGACGCCCUGGGCGUUUUGAGCGGGAAGAAAAGCUCUUGGAGCUCCAUAGCGUUAAGUGGGUGACCGGCUGUUUUCGCGGAGGUCCCGGGAGCCUAGCAUGGGGCUGCUGGAGCUGUGCCAGGAAGUGUUCGGCACAGCCGACCUUUACCGGGUGCUAGGCGUGCGGCGCGAGGCGUCGGACAGCGAGGUCCGACGCGGCUACCACAAAGUGUCCUUGCAGGUGCACCCAGACCGGGUGGGCGAGGCCAACAAGGAGGACGCCACCCACCGCUUCCAGAUCCUGGGAAAAGUCUAUUCUGUUUUAAGUGAUAAGGAACAGAGAGCAGUGUACGAUGAACAGGGAACAGUGGAUGAGGACUCGGCUAUGCUCACUCAAGACCGAGAUUGGGAGGCCUAUUGGAGGUUACUCUUUAAAAAGAUCUCUUUAGAGGACAUUCAAGCUUUCGAAAAGACAUACAAAGGUUCUGAAGAAGAGUUGGCUGAUAUUAAACAGGCCUAUCUGGAUUUCAAAGGUGACAUGGAUCAGAUCAUGGAGUCUGUGCUUUGUGUGCAGUACACAGAGGAACCCAGGAUAAGGAAUAUUAUUCAGCAAGCUAUUGACACUGGAGAGGUCCCAUCCUAUAAUGCCUUUGUCAGAGAAUCGAAACAAAAGAUUAAUGCAAGGAAAAGGAGGGCUCAGGAAGAAGCUAGAGAAGCAGAAAUAACCAGGAAGGAGUUGGGGCUUGAUGAAGGAGUGGAUAACUUGAAAGCAGUCAUUCAGAGCAGACAAAAGGAUCGGCAAAAAGAAAUGGACAAUUUUCUGGCUCAGAUGGAAGCAAAGUACUGCAAACCUUCCAAAGGAGGAGGGAAAAAAACAUCUCUCAAGAAAGAAAAGAAAUAAUGGAAUUUUUCUUGUCAAAGAUCUUAGGUACUAAUUUGGUGCCAUUGUAGGCAAGGUGCAGGCAAAAGUCAACCCAAUCCUUGAGAGGUGUUUUUCCAGCCUAAAUUAUUCAGAUUGACUAAACCAAGAAGAGUGUCUGAACCUGAUUUUAUUAUUUCCUGGAAAUCACCUGAUACUGUGUGAAAUCUCAUGUGAAAGAAUUUGUUGGUUAUGGUCGGGAGGGCAGUAUAAUUCCUAACAGCACUUGCUUCUUUGGAUUGUCUGUACAUGAAGCUCUAUCUAGAAGGUGGGGUGUGUGUGUGUGUCUCUCUCUCCAUACUGUUUUUUGUGAUGUACAUAUUUUGUGGAAUUGAAAUUUUGCUUAGUAGGACACUUCCGUAACACUGAACAGCCAUCUUUAAAUAAUUGCCAAUUUACAUUUGGUCUUCAUGAUCCUGAAUAGAUUGUUUUAUUCAGUCAGGUUCUGUACUCUUCAAGUAUAGGAAAAACAGGUGUUCAGAUUACUUCAAGCAUUUUUGUAGGACUUGUAUAUGAUUAAAUGAGUAAAAAGUGAUUAAGUAUGGGGCUUUCUAAAUGAUCCCAGUAGUCAUUUAAUAUGUGAAUCAUGUCUAUGGCCAUAUCAUCCUGAAUGUGCCCGAUCUUGUCUAAAAUAUGAUCUAGAAAAAGAUGUGUUCUUUAGGAUACAGAAGAGGGAAAAAAUAGUCCUACUCAGUGUUAGAAUAGCCCAGUUUAAGUAGCAUAAAGAGAUGUGUUCUAGUUUUGCCCCUCUACUGCUGAAUGUCCUUAGGUCACUGAGCUUGCCUGAAUUUUUCUCAUUUAUGAGUGAGAUCCAGAUUGUUUACAUUAAAUAUGUCCAAUUUUUUUUGUAAAGGAAAAAAUUUGCAAUAACUUUACUAAAUACACACAGAGGAGGAGGGAAUUAGGCUACACAGCUUCUUACAGGCCCCCUUCUGACUUUAAUUUUGAAAGACAAGCCAUACUGAUCCAAUUAUUUGUUACAGUACGUACACUUAUGGUUUGGUUUAUGAGAACAAUAUAGAUAGUUUCACCUGUACUUAGUCAGGUUGGUAUGUGUUCAUUAGAAUAUGUGAAAAAAAAAUUUUUUUAAGCUUUUUUUUUUUUUUUUUUUUUGCAGUUUUGGCCGGGACUGGGUUUGAACCCACCACCUCCGGCAUAUGGGGCCAGCACCCUACUCCUUUGAGCCACAGGCGCCGCCCAGAAUAUGUGAAAUUUUUUUAGGGACUAUUCAACUUAAAAUCUCUAAUUUGUAGGCUAUUAUAUUCAAUAUACCAUAUGUAUAAAACCUCUUGCUUAUUGAGCUUUAUGUAUCAUAAUUUAAGGUAAACAUAUGACACAUUUUCAGUUUGAUUACAAGCAGGUUAAAAAAUACUCUUUAAUUGUAUUAAAAAUAUGAUUUAAUUGGAGUUUGAAGCAUCUGUCUUCAUAUAGCAUUAGAACAUCUUGGUAUGAUAAAAAGUUACCCCAAUUUAUGAUCAUUUGAAUUUAUCCACUCUGAAAAUUAACAAUUAGAUCUAAAACUAUUAUAAUUUAGAUUAGUAUUCAGUGAAAUUUAAAUAAAAUAAAUUUAAACCAUAGUUAAAACCAUUGCUGCAUUUAUGAGUGCCCUCCAGAGAAGGCCUGUGGUAAACCUCUAGUUCAGAACGCUCAACCUCUAAUUGUGCUGCCCUUAGGAUAUAUUUGUUUUGGACUGACAGUUUCAUAUAUUUUUAAGGAAUUAUACCUUGGUGGCACAGUAAUAGGCCCUACAAAUUAUUUUUUAAUUGGCUUUCUUAGAGCUAUAGGAGAAAAUCUGGCAAGGUGAGUUUAAUAUUUGGAAAAAAUAAGACCAGUAAGUUACUUUGUAGAGAAAAUAAGAAUAACGUGAUAUAAAGCAGGCAUUGUAAGUUUGAGCUGUCCUAUCUGAAAAAAAAAAAUACACCAUAUGAUUUAUUACAUAAGUUACUUAACACCAGUCCUUAACAUUUAUGUCUUUGCUCACCCCUUACACUUUAACCUGCUGAUAGUGUUGGACAUCUAAAGAGAAAGCUGUGGAAUGAUAUCUGAUGAGUAAGAUUUUUGACAACACCAUCUCUUAAAAAUAACUUAAUAUUGAGUACAACUUUCCAGAAAUUAAUACAAGCUGAAGUAUUCUAAAGCCCAUAAUAUUGUUAUCAAAUAAUCAUUUGCUGCUUUUCAUGCAUGUCUAAUCUCAUAGAAACUUACAGUAAUUGAGAAGUGAUCAUUGUUAACAGACAACAUGAGCAGUGAUUUGGGUAUUACUCAUUGUUACAUCUUUGGGUACAAACUUCACUGUCCAGUAGAAUGGGUUAACUUAUGCUGAAAGAAGACAGUAAUCAGAGCUAGAAAUAUACCCAAUGUAAUCUCUGGCAGAUACUCUCUUGUGUUUUUCACAGUCGAUUUUACCAUAGUAACUCUUGCUGAAGAUGGUUUCAAGUUGAUCUCGCAUACAAGUUCUGCAUCACUCCAUGACAACACUGAUUUGUGAGAUCUUCCCUCAUGUUCCCUUCAGCCUAAAUAGGUUCUUCUCAUUACCCUAUGGUCCCUGUCUGGUUCUAGAGACUGGUCGACCUCUGCUUUGAGAUUUUGUAGACCCAUGUAACUGAGGACCUGUCAGACACAGAUGACAUCAUAAAGUGAUAUUAGUAGACAGUCUAGAUUUGGUAACCACCAAGUUCAUAUCUCAGGGCUUUUUUGUUCCACUUAUCAGACUUUAAAUUUGGAGACUGGGACUAAGUAGUGCAGUAUAUAUUUGUCAAGGUAAUAGAAAAUAUUUCUAUAUAUUUUAUGCUAUAAAAUAAAAAUCUUAUAUAUAUAUAUAUAUAUUUUUUUUUUUUUUUUUUGAGACAGACCCUCAAGCUGUCACCCUGGGUAGAGUGCAGUGGCAUCACAGCUCACAGCAACCUCCAACUCCUGGGCUCAAGCGAUUCUCUUGCCUCUGCCUUCCAAGUAGCUGGGACUACAGGCACCUGCCACAAUGCCCGGCUAUUUUUUGGUUGCCCCUGUCAUUGUUUGGUGGGCUCAGGCUGGAUUUGAGCCCACCAGCUCAGGUGUAUGUGGCUGGCACCUUAGCCACUUGAGCCAUGGGCGCUAAGGCUUUUUAUUUUUAUUUAUUUUUUUUUUUUAAGACAGUCUCACUAUGUCGCCCUUGGUAGAGUACUAUGGCAUUGUAGCUCACAGCAACUUCAAACUCUUGAGCUUAAGCGAUUCUCUUGCCUCAGCCUCCUGAGUAGCUGGACUACAGGCGGUUGUACUACAACGCCCAGCUAAAAAAAAUCUGACAUUCUUAAGAUAUGAAAGCAGUAACCUGGUUUUGUAGAACCUACAAAUUAAAAAGAACUAACGGCUGGGUGUGGUGGCUUACACCUGUAAUCCUAUCACUUGGGGAGGAUGAGGAGGGAGGACUGUGCUUGAGGAUAGUAGUUCAGAACCAGCCUGGGGAACAUAGGCUUCAUUUCUCAAAAAAAAUAGAAAAAUUAGCUGAAUGUGUAGUCCCAGUUACUUGGGAAGCUAAGGCGGUAGGAUCACUUGAACCUAGAAGUUUGAGGCUACAGAGAGCCAUGACCACCACUCAAAACUAGCCUAGGUGACAGAAGGAAACCCUGUCUAAAUUUGGUUUUAAAAAGGCUAAGAAAGGAAUAACGUAUUUCAACUAAAUGUUAGUUAUACCUGGCUGUCAGUGUGGCUGAAAUUGUAACUCAGAGGCAGCAAUGCUUCCUUAUGAGGACUAUUUCAAAAGCAGAGCUUAUGGAAGCAUUUAAAGACUACCAACCAAUGCUACUAGGAACUGAACUGAGAAAUCACUGGAACUAUAUAGAUGGCUUGAGGCAGAUUAGUUUUUUCUGUAUUUUGGUGAUUAAUCCUACCAUUAACAGGAAACAUUCCAGCAGCAGAUGCAUUUUUUCUGUAUUUGAUGACUUAAUUUUACCAUUAUCAGGAAAUGUUUUAGCUACCCAGUACUUAAAAAUUUACCUACAAAAUAAUGUAGGUAAAUGAUGGUGGGAGAAUACUGUCGUAGAAAGAAUUAAGACAUCCCUAAAUAUUCUUCCAUCAUUCCUUUGUUAAUAUAUCUACAGAGUGUAAUUUACAGAUAAAAAGAGUUAUUGCGGGGGGUGGGGGAGUUAAUGGGAUAGCAUAUCCUGACAUUUAAGAAUUUUUUUUUUUUUGCAGUUUUUGGCCUGGGCUGGGUUUGAAACCGCCAUCUCCGGCAUAUGGGGCUGCCGCCCUACUCCUUGAGCCACAGGCGCCACCCUAAGAAUUUUUCUUAUGGCCGGGUGUAGUCAUGCCUAUAAUCCUAGCACUGGAGGUCAAGGCAGGUGAAUUGCUUGAGCUCGUGAGUCUGAGACCAGCCUGAGGCAAGAGCAAGACCCUAUCUCUAAAAAAAAUACCUGGGCAUUGUGGUGGGCACCUAUAGUCAGCUACUUGGGACGCUGAGGCAAGAGAACUAUUUGAACCCAAUUGUUUGAGGUUGCUGUGAUGCUGUGGCAUCCUACCAAGGGAGACAAAGUAAGAUUCUAAAAAAUUAAAAAUAGGCUCAGCACCUGUAGCUUAGCAGCUAGGGCACCAGCCACAUACACUAGAGCUAGUGGGUUCAACCCAGCCCCGGCCUGCCAAACAGUGACAACUACAACCAAAAAAUAGCCAGGCGUUGUGGGUGCCUGUAGUCCCAGCUACUUGGAAGGCUGAGGCAAGAGAAUCACUUAAGCCCAAGAGUUUGAGGUUGCUGUGAGAUGUGAUGCCACAGCACUCAAGGGCAACAGCUUGAGACUUAAGAGAAAAAAAAGAAA